GAUGUUUUUGUUUACAUCUUUCCAGCACCACCAAAACGUCAUUUCGAGUGAUAUGAGUGCCAAGAGCCGAUUGAUUAUACUUUGCGGUAAACAAAGUGCACAAUAACAAAAUGGCACAAUCCUCAACGACUUGGAUACGCAUUUGCCAAGACGGGCAUGCCAACGGGCUAGCUUUGAACAGAGAUUGCACCCAAAUCGCUGUUGCAGGCCGAAGCCUUUUGAAAAUAUUCUCGAUCGAAUACGAUGGCUUCACCGAAGUUUGCAAUAUGCGCGGAGGGAAAAACCAAAACUUGAGCUAUUCCUCAAACGACGUGGCAUGGAGCACCCUCGAUCAUAACAUCUUAGCGACGGCCGCCACGAACGGUGUAGUUUCGGUGUGGGAUCUUUCGAAAUUUGGACGGCAGAAACAAUUACUCGUCUACAAUGAACACGAACGCACCGCACAUACAGUCACCUUCCACAGCAGUGAACCGAACUUGCUACUGUCGGGAUCCCAGGAUGGAACGAUCAAGUGCUUCGACUUGCGUUUGGAUAAGUCAGUGAAUACGUACUUCAGCAACUCGGAGAGUGUUCGCGAUGUGAAGUUCAGUCCACACUCAACAAACACAUUUGCCGCCGUCUCGGAGAAUGGAACAGUUCAAUUGUGGGAUAUCAGAAAGUCUGACAAGUGCACGCUGCAAUUCACCGCACAUAGCGAACCAAUAUACACUUGUGAUUGGCAUCCGAAUAAGAAUUGGUUGGCCACCGGUAGUCGCGAUAAACAAAUCAAGGUUUGGAACAUGGAGGGAAAAGCUUCUUCUGAGUACACAAUACAUACAAUUGCAGCAGUGGGGCGGGUCAAAUGGCGGCCCGAUAGAUUACAUCACAUUGCGAGCUGUGCGGUAGUUGUUGAUUAUAGUAUACACAUUUGGGAUAUUCGCAGACCAUUUAUCCCAUUUGCAUCAUUUAACGAGCACACAAACAUAACAACAGGUAUAGCGUGGAAAGGGUCAGACCCGCAUGUCCUCCUGUCUGCCAGUAAAGACUCAACCAUCUUUAAACACGCGUUCAAGGAUGCAACCUAUCCAGUCUUAAAGGCAAAUCCACAAGGUGCCAGUUUGAACUGCAAAGGAGAACUGCUUUACGCUUACAAAAUUAAGCCUGUUACAAUGACCCAAUCUACUUCUAGGAACAAUCUUAUGUCCCAGAAAAGCAAAGCACCAGUGGAAAAGGAUCAAUUUCAUCUAGCACAAUCGCAGCUGUAUGCUUUCACAAUGCACCCAUUGAAUACAGCCUACGGAGGAGAUAGCAAUAAACCCAUAAUGCUGAAGGAUUUUGAAUGCUUCAUUGGCUGCGCCAAGGAAUAUAUCCUGAAUGGCAAGAAACUAUCUGACAUAUGCGAGCAUAAUGCUUCGAUUUCCAAGAAGUAUGGAAAACACAGCGCGGCUAUUUUGUGGAACUACAUGAAAGCCAUAUACGGUUCUUUGCAUUUAAAAACGAAUAAAAUCGAUGCAAGAACAACGCUAUCUAGUCAAUCUCAUUUAAUAAACAAUCGUCGAUUGACACAAGUUCAGAAUACAAGAGACAAUGCCGAAAACCAAAAAAAUGAAGGCGAAGAAAGCGAUUUAGAGGGAAAUCCAAAUGAUGAUCUGAAGCUUCUUGACUUUCUUAGUCCGAAAAGUGGCCAACAAAAACCUUGCUUCAACGUCGCAGAACCAUUGAUAUUUGAAAAAUCACAAAUUACAUUUGAAAAUGUGAAAUGUUUAAGAGAUGGAUUCUUAUAUGUUGGCCCGCAUGAUUUCACGAAAGACUGGUCGAUACCCGAGACGGCACUGCACAACUUGCAAGCUGCCCGUCCACAGCCAGAAAUAAGUGCCGAGCAAAGGCAAGAACCGUCGCCGCCACCCGAUCCACCGAGCACUCUGAAAAUAAAUGUUGUUCCAACAAUACCCAUGUGGGAGCCUCACCGGGUAAUGGCAGACUGUCUAACUCUACAGGCAGAUGUAGGGGACAUUCAAACGUCUCUAUCGAUAUUGAUAGCCAUGAAUGAAAGCCGAUCCAAUCUACCCAUUGAAGAUGUUGUCUACGAAAAUUGGUUUCAUUCUUACGUUGAACAACUUCAUAAUCAUCAACUCUGGAAUGAAGCAACGAGAAUUAUCAAUUUAUCGUGGAUUCGUUCUGCCCGAGAAGUAAAUCAACAGUCCACGACUGUGCAUACGAACUGCGGGGAAUGUGGUCGACCUCUAGUCGGAUCAGUAGGAUGGUAUUGUGGUAAAUGUAAAUCAGCAGAAACAUCCAAAUGUAGCGUUUGCCACCUAGUAGUACGUGGAUUGUAUGCAUGGUGUCAGGGAUGCUCGCAUGGUGGACAUUUAGAACAUAUGAAACAGUGGUUUGCUAAUCGAAAGAACUGUCCAAAGUGUGGGCAUCUUUGCGAAUACGAAUAAUGCUUUAGUGAUCGCUAGUGGUUCCAAAUUUAUAUAUAUGCCUUAUUUUUCAAAUCAGAUUGUAUAUAAAACGAAUUAAUGUAAUAUAGACAAUUAAUUUCAUUAUUUACACACAUUUUUAUAAUAAUUACUAAAAGUCAAAUAAAAAUAUUUUAUGUAUUGGAAAUGAAUAGAAAUUUGGUUUGCAGUUCCAAUUGUAAACUUCGUCGUUGAAGUGCCGUAAACUGUUAACUCCAAUGUGAGAUCUAUCUAGGUUAUAUUCAAUAUUGUACACGGUGAAGAUAGCCCCCUCGAAUAAAGC